AUGAGCGACGACGAGGAGAGGAAGAAGAAGAACUUUAAGAAGGAGAAGAAGAAAGAGAAGAAAGAAAAGAAGAGAAAAGAGCGGGAGGAAGAGAAGGAGAAGAGUAAGAAGAGUAAAAAGAAGAACAAAGUGGUGAAAGAAGACGAGGAAGGAGAAACGACGACAAAUGCCAAAAUCGUUGGCGAUUUCGGCUUGGCAAAGAGCGGUGCCCCGUUCAAGAAGAAGUUCUACGAGCCUUCUGAAUCUAUUCUUCGUUUAUCCGAGAAAGAUGUCAAGGAACGACGCGAUUCUUUGGCGAUUACCAUAGAAAAUGACGGCAAGAAAUAUAAUUUUACGCCGCUCGCUACGUUUCAAGAGGCUGGGUUUCCAAAGGAAAUUUUAGCUGUCUGCAAAAAUUUCCAAAAACCUUCUCCCAUUCAAGCGCAAUCGUGGCCAAUCAUCAUGUCUGGCCACGACAUGGUUGGAAUUGCCGCGACUGGGUCUGGCAAGACUUUAGCCUUUGGAUUGCCAGCUUUGACACAAAUCAAAGCACAGCCACCGUGUAAACCUGGGCAACCAGCGUGCCUCGUUCUCGCUCCUACUAGAGAACUCGCACAACAAACAGCGAAGGUUUUUGACGACGCUGGAGAUGCGACGGGUAUAAAAUGCGUGUGUGUGUACGGCGGAGGACCAAAAUAUUUACAGAAACAAGAGAUGAAACAGAGCGGUUUUGCUGUAAUCGUCGCAACACCCGGGCGCUUGCGAGAUUUCAUGAACGACGGAGACGUACGUUUAGAUAGAGUUACGAUCUUAAUUUUAGAUGAAGCAGAUCGAAUGUUAGAUUUAGGCUUUGAGCCUGAGAUUCGAGCCAUUGCAGGAGCAACGAGAGCAGACAGGCAGACGGUAAUGUUUAGUGCUACUUGGCCGAACUCUGUCCAAGGAUUGGCGGCUGAGUUCAUGACGAAUCCCAUCAAGUGCAGAAUAGGUGCGGAAGGUUUGAAAGCCUCUCACAGCAUCAAACAAAUCGUUGAAGUCGUAGAGCCGCACGAAAAAGAUCAGCACUUACACCGUCUUUUGAAUAAGUACUUAGGUUCGGAAAAAGUUACGCCGCGUUGCCUGGUUUUUGCGCUGUAUAAGAAAGAGUGUGCCCGAGUCCAUGAUUUACUGCGGAGAAACUGGAAAUCUGCAUCUAUUCAUGGCGACAUGUCCCAGCAUGACAGGGAGCAAUCUGUUGCUUCAUUUAAAAGUGGAAAAACUCCAAUAUUAGUUGCCACUGACGUUGCUGCUCGAGGAUUGGACAUACCGGGUGUCGAAUAUGUGAUCAACUAUACUUUUCCGUUAACCACGGAAGACUAUGUACAUCGAAUCGGGAGAACUGGGCGCGCUGGGGCGACUGGUGUCGCGCACACACUAUUCACCGUGCACGACAAAUCGAGGGCCGGAGAACUAGCAAACGUUCUUCGAGAAGCUGGUGAAACAGUUCCUGAGAGUUUAUCAAAAUUUGGGACACACGUUAAGAAGAAAGAAUCUAAAUUAUAUGGCGCACAUUUCAAAGAUAUUGACAUGAGUGCAAAAGCGACGAAAAUUACUUUUGAUUGA